AUGAAACGUUUACAUGCAGGAGUUAAUUCGACUCUAUGCGGCGUUCGCGAAACCUACUGGCCCAUCGAUGGUCGUAACUUAACACGACAUAUUGUCCGACAGUGCAUAAAUUGUUUUCGUGCAAAACCUCGCGAACCUCAAUAUUUAAUGGGAAAUUUACCUAAAAAUCGUUUAACAUUUUUUCGUCCGUUUCUCAAUGUUGGAGUUGAUUUUUGUGGUCCGUUCUUUACAAAGGAACAUAGACACAGAAAUAGAACAAAGGUCAAAACUUACGUUGCGGUGUUCGUUUGCUUUGCUACCAAGGCGGUUCAUUUAGAACUAGCUAGUGAUUUAACAACAGAAGCAUUUCUAGCAUGUUUAAAAAGAUUUUUUGCUCGACGUGGAAUUUCUCAAUCCAUUCACUCUGAUAAUGCCACAAACUUUGUUGGAACAAAUAAUGAAAUCAAGGAACUGUUCAAAACAAUUAAUACAGUAAUAACAGAUAAAAAAACUAAAGAAUAUCUCUCUAACAAAUCGGUUUCUUGGCAUUUCAUUCCUCCUCGGGCUCCUCAUUUUGGGGGACUUUGGGAGGCUGCAGUAAAAUCGUUUAAAUUUCUCUUUGUCCGAGUCACAGGAAAUUCUCUCCUGACUUAUGAGCAACUUCACACAUAUGUAACAGAAAUUGAGUCAAUUUUAAAUUCCAGACCUUUGACUCCUCUCUCGACUGAUCCUAAUGAUCUUAAUCCUUUAACACCCGCACAUUUCCUCUUGGGUGGUUCUCUAACAAGCUUGCCACAAGAAGAUCUCCGCAACAUUCCAGAGCAUCGACUGAGCUGUUGGCAACUUGCUCAAAAAAUGCGUCAUCACUUCUGGGACCGAUGGCAUCAAGAAUACCUGAACGAGUUAAUUUGUAGGAGUAAAUGGCAAUCUGCGACUGAACAAAGUGCUAUACAACCAGGAAUACUCAUCAUGUCCAAAGAGGACAAUCUAUCACCAAUGAAGUGGCCUCUUGGACGUGUUGUCAUGAUUCACCCAGGAUCUGAUGGAAUAGUGAGGGCUGUGACAAUAAAAACAAAAUCAGGUGUUUACAAGCGGGCAUUAAAACAUGUGUGUCCUUUGCCAAUAGAUUAA